CGGGACGGGCUCUCCGGGCGCUAUAAAGGCUCCCACCGGGCGGCUGCGGCCCAAAAAGGAACGCGAUGGGUUGGCUCCGGCUUCCCAGUUGUCUGCGCUGCGGCCAGAAGGAAUUCACUUUGUCCACGGAGAAGAUCGCCGACUCGCAGGAUGAGAACACGGAACGGGGCAACUGGUCCAGCAAGACGGACUACCUGCUGUCCAUGGUGGGCUAUGCGGUGGGCCUGGGCAACGUCUGGCGGUUCCCGUACCUGACCUAUCAGAACGGAGGAGGAGCCUUCCUGAUCCCCUACGCCAUCAUGCUGGCCCUAGCCGGCCUCCCUCUCUUCUUCAUGGAGUGCUCCCUGGGACAGUUUGCCAGCUUGGGACCCGUCUCCGUUUGGAGAAUUCUCCCUCUUUUUCAAGGCGUGGGAAUCACCAUGGUGAUCAUCUCCACUUUUGUGACCAUCUAUUACAACGUCAUCAUUGGCUACAGCCUCUACUACUUGUUCGCCUCCUUUCAGAGGGUCCUGCCGUGGGCGAAUUGCGACCCGGAGUGGGCAGAUGAGAAAUGCAGCAAGACGCCAAUCGUGUUAAUGUGCAACGUCACGAUAGGCAGCACAAAUGUCCAGAUGAAUUACACCGAAGUGCUGAGCAUGAACCUCACCUGCAUCAACGGCAGCCAGGUGUUUGCAGAUACACAGGUUCCCAGCGAGCAGUACUGGAACAACAAAGUCCUCCAGCGGUCGGAGAGCUUAAGCGACACCGGGGUGAUCGUGUGGUAUCUGGCGCUUUGCCUUCUCCUUUCCUGGCUGAUCGUGGCAGUUAGCUUGUUCAAAGGGAUCAAGUCUUCUGGGAAGGUUGUCUACUUCACAGCCAUUUUCCCUUAUGUUGUCCUGAUCAUACUGCUGGUGCGAGGCGUCACCUUGGAAGGUGCCCGCGAAGGGAUUGAGUACUACAUCGGGGCCCAGUCCGAUUUCACGAAACUUGGCGAAGCAGAGGUGUGGAAAGACGCAGCCACGCAGAUUUUCUUCUCCCUCUCGGUCGCCUGGGGUGGGCUGGUCGCCCUCUCCUCCUACAACAAAUUCCAUAACAAUUGCUACACAGAUGCCAUUUUCGUCUGUGUAAUCAACUGUCUCACCAGCGUCUUUGCUGGGUUCGCAAUCUUCUCCAUCCUGGGGCACAUGGCCUUCAUGGCAAAUAAGAAGGUCUCCGAAGUUGUGGACUCAGGAUUUGACCUGGCCUUUGUGGCCUACCCUGAAGCCCUGUCCAAGCUCCCGGUGGCUCCUCUCUGGUCCUUCUUGUUCUUCUUCAUGCUUCUGCUUCUGGGUCUCGAUUCCCAGUUUGCCACCAUAGAAACCAUCACUACCACCAUCCAAGAUAUCUACCCCGCGGUGAUGAAGAAAAUGAGAGUUGUGGUGACGAUGGGGUUGUGUAUGUUGCUGUUUCUGCUUGGGCUCGUCUGUGUGACCCAGGCAGGAAUCUACUGGGUCAAUCUGGUGGACCAUUUCUGUGCAGGCUGGGGGAUCCUCUUCGCAGCUAUCCUGGAACUGCUGGGGAUUUGCUGGAUUUAUGGGGGGAACCGAUUCAUCCAAGACAUCGAGAUGAUGAUCGGGAAGAAAAGCUUCCUCUUCUGGCUGUGGUGGAGAGCCUGCUGGUUUUUCAUCACCCCUUGCCUCUUGCUGGCCAUCCUGAUUUGGUCCCUGGUCACUUUUAUGCCCCCCAAGUAUGGCACGACUAAGUACCCGGAGUGGGGCUCUGCCGUCGGAUGGUGCAUGAUCAUUUUCUGCCUCAUUUGGAUUCCGGUGGUGGCCAUUUACAAGAUCGUCAAGGCCAAAGGCAACCUGUGGCAGCGGAUCGUUUCCUGCUGCAAGCCCAAACCCAGUUGGGGGCCGUCUCUGGAGUGUCACCGGGGAGAGAGAUACAAGGACAUGGUGGACCCGGUCAAGAAACAGGACAUCGAGAUUCCCACCGUGGACAGCUACAUCAGCAAGCUGGAGUAAAGGGGGGGGGGCUGCUGCAGGCUGCGGGUCCCAGUUACGCCCAGCAAAAUCCAGGCAGCCGAAGAGAGGCCGUGCAAUGGAUGCCAAAGACUUUGGACCGUCUGCCAAAGAGCCACACCUGGGGGGCACUGCUGCUAAGGCAGGCCAGGUCGUGGGGGGUGGGGGGGGGCAGCCUUCUAACUCAGGACCACUCUCUAGAGAUAGGGGGUUUGGACCCCUGCACCCCCGGCCCUUUCCAUAAAGAGCCAGCAAAAAUCCCUCAACCCACAAAAAAACCCCAAAGUCUCCUCUGGCAAGGCUGAGUGCCCUCCCUCACAGAGGUGUGGUGAUGAAGAAUACACUUCGGCAAUCUUCUGAGAAUCUUCGGGGCCAUCAAAGUGUCCGAGACUGGGAUCCUUUGCACACUUCAUUGGAUGUGAAACCUGUCCUAAUUCAGGGAGACUGACUUCUGUGUGUCAUGGGACACGGACCAUCGCACAACACUCUGGAUGUGCACGCACAAAUAUCUCUGUGUGUGAGAGAGAGAGAGAGAGUAAGAGAGACAGAUGCUGCACCUGGCAUUUUAUUUGCAUAAUUUAUUCCUGGGAUUUUAUUUGGGAUUAAUUUAUUAUUAUUAUUAUUUUGCUACCUUGGAGGGAAAUUUCUGAAAACCUCUCUCCACCCCAAAGAGCUGGCUAUCCUAACGAGCCAUCCGGAUUUGGGGUAGACCUUUCUCGUUCAUCUUCAAGUUGUAUCUCCAUAGCCCUAAGGACUAGAAACUUGACUUUAGAAUAAAGGAGAGAGAGAGAGAGAGAGAGAGAAUUCCUUAGAAGUGGAACUGCUUAUUCUCGGUGCAGAGAGCUGGCUGGCCAGCUAAUAAAAGAAAUGUCUUCAGA